AUCUGUGCUGUUACAUUGUACAUUCUGUUUACAACACUCAUUACCUAGUUACCAGUUAUGAGUGAGUUUUGUAGUAACUGAACCAAUAUAUUGAUUUUUCCAGCGUUUUUCUACUUGAUGAAAGAAGUAUACUUUUUUAGGCAACAUGGGAAUUGUAUUUAGUACACUAAAAGCUUGCUAUAACAUCUAUAGUGAUAGAAGGAGGGAACCAAUGAUCAAGCUGAUAGAUCCGAUCUUCCACCACCACAAAAUUAAAAUAUAUGGCAUGGAUCUAAGAAAUACAGAACUGUCACUGGAAGAAAGAGCCAAGGCUGCAUUAUAUGUAGGCCUGCUAGCUUACACAGGUGGUGUUGGUGCUGGAAGUCUUGCUUUACAAUAUAUUCAGGACAUGAUUGAUAUUUUGAUUAUGCCAGAUACAUCCACAAAAGUCAGAAUCUCCGUAUUAAAAGGACUGUGUAGUGUAUGCUACAUUAACCCCAUAAAUCAAAAUGAAGCCAAAGCUCACCACCUUCCUGAAAUUAUGCUUUCCUAUCUUGAAGAAGAUGAAGACUCUGCAGAAGCUGACUCAGAUCUAGUUCUUGUGAAGUUCUGGGUUUGUUAUCUUAUGACUGUUGUCUGCUGUAAUAAUAUGUCUUAUAUUAAAUUAUUUCAUGAAAUUGGUGGCCAAACACUAGAGAAAAGGCUGGAAUACCUAUCUAAUAUGGAAUGGUUUGGCUGGCCCCAAAACUACGCUACCUUAAUGUACAUGCUUAUGGGAUAUCCAGGCAUGGAAGUAUACAAAUAGAAUUAAGGGAAUGUGUGUCGGAACAAAUAUUCUGCUACUGAGAGGCACUAGGUAUUGCUUUCUUCAAAUAUUUGACACAAUAAAAUUGCUGCUUAGUGUUUAAACUGAGAUUUAAUUCUAAGAUUCAUUCAAUCAAUAAAGAAAAAAAGGAUAAACGUCCAAAGUUAAACUCAACAGAACCGAUCCCCAUUGCUUACUGCCUGGAUAUUCAACUUAUUAGUCUAGCACAGGGGUGUCAAACUGCUGGUCCGCGGGCUGGACGCGUCACCAGGAAAUGGGGAAAAAGCUCCGAUAUGUCACGCGACGUCAUGAGUUUGACAUGUCCGGUCUAGCACCUAGCCCUGGGAUCUCCUAGCAAGAACUAUCCACAUUCAAGUCCGCUAACCUAUUUUUGAGUUCAGCCAAGGUUGGCUAUGUGAUGCUUGUUUUUAUUUUACUACAUGCUAUCAAUCUGAAGAAAUGCUUUGUGAAAAUGGUUUUAAGAAUAAACAGCUUUCAAAACACAAUUAAGCUGUUAUGCCCAAUAACACCCCGUGCACUAUUACCGUUAAAAAUUAUUGAAAUCUAUUAGAAAUCCCAUUAAGCUAAACAUUUGAUAAUUAUGGAUCUGGCCUUAGAUUGGGAAGAAGUCUUACCAUUUGUGAUGAAGAAAGUUUCAGUCUGAUUGAUUGAGGUGAUGGGGCUGUAGGUUACUUUAGCAGGGGAACACCCAGUUGGAAACAGCUGCAAUCCUUAUAUCCCAUGUAGUCAAAGCAUCAAAAUAAAACAUUUUUUAAAAUGAUUUGUCUAGUAAGGAAAAAUAUGAGAUCCACAGCAGAAAGGUAACUUUAAUAAAACUAAUCAAAAUGGCACAAUAUAAUAAGCAGCUUUCAAAUUUUCUUGAAAAGUUUUUAUCUGGUAAGUUACAAAAAUCAGAAGCAAGGCAAAAAACAGGUAAGAUGAUGUACAGAUUAAACAUUUAUGCAAAGUGAAGUGGCCAGGGCAAUUCAUUUCCCUGUUAAAUGAUUAAUCUAUUCUGCUAAAUAUAACCCAAUAGAAUUAAAUAUGUUCUCUUACACUGCACUAAUUUUAUAAAGAUUUAACAGUAAAUUUGGAAACAAAAUAUGGUAGUUUUCUUCCAAGUCCUGUCUAUUCCAUGCACAGGGAUAAUUAGAAGGUAAGAUUGAGGGGUCCUAAGCUGUGGAUUUAAUAAAGUCAUUAGAAAAAGCGUUUUAUAUUUGAAAGAUACUAUCUUUUGCGACAAGGAAAACCUGCAAAUUACAGUAAUCCUGAAAGGCAGAAGCAGAGGCACAUCUGGUUUGGGAAGAAUUGAAGAAAAA